UGUGCCACAGGUUGAGGAUCGCAGGCGGGAUGGCUCUGCGCUCUGCAGCUCUGUCCCUCUUGCUCCUGGUGUUGGUGGCGGUGGCCCUCCAGGAGAGCUGCUGCGGCGCCUCCUCGCAUUCCAUGAAGUAUUUCUUCAGCUCCAUCUCGGACCCAAAUCCGGGGCAGCCCCAGCAUGUGGCCGUGGGGUUUGUGGACGGUCAGAUCUUUGUCCACUACGACAGCAACAGUCGGAGGAUGAAGCCUCGAGUCUCCUGGAUGGAGCAAGUGGGGAAGGAGGAUCCCAACUAUUGGGAGAGAAACACCCAGAUGGCACGUGACACUGAGGAGGCGUCCAGAGGAGACCUGAAGACGCUGAGGGUUCGCUACAAUCAGAGCAACAGCCUUCACACAUGGCAGAGGAUGUAUGGCUGUGAGCUCCGGGCUGAUGGGAGCAGGGCUGGAUUUGAACAAUACGGCUACGAUGGGAGGACCUUCAUCAGCUUCGACAAGGAGACCCUCACCUGGGUGGCUCCCGACCUCCAAGCCCAGAUCUCCAAGAGGAAAUGGGAGGCUCUUCCGGUAUUUAAUCAGAGAGGGAAGGCCUACCUGGAGGAAGUCUGCAUCAAGUGGCUACAGAAGCACCUGUCCUAUGGGAAGGAGACGCUCCUGAGGACAGAGCCUCCAAUGGUGACGUUGAGCAGCAGGACGGAGGUGGAGGAUGGGAUGGAAACACACAUCUGCCGGGUCCACGGCUUCUACCCCAGGGAGAUCGAUGCCUCCUGGAGGAGGGACGGGGAGGUCUGGCUGGAGGACACCUUCUACGGGUCCGUGGCCCCCAAUGCGGAUGGGACCUACCACUACUGGCUCAGCGUCCGGAUUGAUCCCAAUGAGAGAGACCGCUAUCGGUGCCACGUGGAACAUGAUGGCCUGCAGGAGCCUCUGGAGGUGGACCUGAAAGAACCAAAAUCCAGCCUGGGGCUCAUCAUCGGCUGCUUUGUGGCUGCUCUUGUCCUAGUGGGUGUGAUUGCUGGGAUCCUGGUAUUCUUCAAAAGACGUCAAGAUGACUACAAAGCAGCACCAACAAGUGACAAAGGAUUCAGGAGUUCAGAACAAGGGAGCCAUAUAGCAGCCCCCUUGCAGUGCAAGGUAAGGAAGCAGCUGGCGAAUCGGCCGCUGCCGCCGCUGCCGCCACCAAAGCAGCCGCUGAAACCGCUACCGCCGCAGAAGCAGCCGCAGAAGCCGCUGCCGCUGCCGCUGCCACCAAAGCAGCCACUGAAGCCGCUGCCGCCACCGCAACCACAACCAGUAAAAGAAGCAUCUGAAGAUCAGGACCAGCACGAGUGGACAGUCCCAGCAUGAGGAGAGAGGAGAGAAGAGGGGAUCAGUCGCCUUCUGAAUGAGGCCGGAUUCCCAGGAGGAGCCCUUCAGGCCCAUCCUGCAUGCUUGGAACCAGGAUGGAGUUGGGGUCUUUCACCUUCGCUUUUAUCAUUGGCUCAGUAGCCUUUUGUAUUAGGAUUGAGGGACAGAGAAGAACAUCUUAUGUAUUUAUAAUUGUGGAAUCAAAAGGAUUCAAACUGAGAUUAGUAGAUAUUUUAUUUUUUAUUUGUUUGUAUCCUGCUGAAGGUAUUGAAGAUACCUAACACACCUUCUUCCUCCUUCUUUUCCUCAUAACGACAACCCUGUGAGGUGAGCUGGGCUGAGAGGGAGUUAUUGGCCCAAGGUCACCCAGCUGGUUUUCAUGGCUGAUGCAAGACUUGAACUCACGGUUGCUUUCUAGCCUGGCGCCUUAACCAAACCGUCUUGUAUAGCUUAUAAUGGCUUUGUAAUAUAGCUGCAGAAGCUAUUUCUGUUAUUUCCAAUGAGCUUUAAUAGGUUUAGAGAAGGCUUGGUGGAGAAUGGAGGGAGGAAUAGGAUGAAGAGUUCCUGCUUUUACUUUAUAAAGGAGAUUGAUAAUCUCCAUUUUACUUGCUGGGAUUGAAAGGAGGAAGGUUCCCCCCACUUUUUUGUUUAAUAAAUAUGUAUAU